GGAAAGAAAAAAAAGGAGAGAGAGAGGUGGAGAGAGAAAGAUAAAAGAAAGAGAAGCAACGCGGAUUAGGGCAACGCUGUCUCCUUCCCCUUUUCUUUCUCCUGUUUCGAAACUGAAAACCCUAAUUUUCCCGACUCUCCCCCUUCUUCUUCGUUUCUUCAUCUACGUCCCUAAUCAAACCCCCAUCCUCAUCUUCUUCUUCUUCCUCCCUCUUCUCGACGAAAUCGAACCUAUCUCGAACCCCAGAUCUUCUCCAAGAACCCCAAAGAGAGAUCUCUUGCAUAGAGUGUACAGUCAGUCAAGAUCGCCGGACAAACGCGAGAUCUGACGUGCGUCUGCACCAGAUCUAGAUCUAAAAGAGCAACAUCGACACCAUGGUUGUGAACGGAAGGCCCUUGAAGCGGAUGAAGAGGAGGGUGACUGCCGAUCUCUACGACUUCCUGACGUUCCCGGCAGCAGCAGACGGAGUCUCCGUCAGCCUCGAAGGGCCUUUCCGGUCGAACGUUCGGACCUUCCUCUCGAACCACGCAUACCUACCGCCUCCCUCGUCCCUGUUCCCGCACCUCCUCACGUGGCAGAUCGUGUUCCGGAUCGGAGAUUUGGUUGACGGCGUCCAUGACUCGUCGCCGGCCGUCGUCGCUCUCGAUGUCGUCGAAGAGGACGUCACCAGGUCUAGGUCGGUCUACUGCGACCAGUGCCGAGUCGUUGGGUGGAGUGGGCAUCCAGUCUGCGGAAAGCGCUUCCAUUUCAUAAUUCGAGCAGACUGCAAUUCCUUUGAUGGGUAUCACAAGCCAUGCACAAGCUGUGGAGAAUUGCUGCACUUGUCAGAUCUGAGGUGCAAGUCGUGCAACUAUCUUAUGACUGCAGAUGAUUUGGAAGAUUGGGUGUACCACCAAUUGGAGGAUACUUCUCAUCUGUUGCAUGGUGUUGUUCACACCAACGGUUAUGGGCAUCUUCUUAGAGUCAAUGGCAAAGAAGGCGGGUCAAAGUUUCUAUCGGGAUGUGCCAUAAUGGACUUCUGGGAUCGGUUAUGUAGAAUGCUUGGAGUUAGGAAGGUGAGUGUGAUGGACGUGUCAAAGAAGUACGGGUUAGAGUAUCGGCUGCUUCAUGCAGUAACCAAGGGCCGGCCAUGGUAUGGUGACUGGGGUUAUGAGUUUGGUGCUGGGAGUUUUGCUCUCACAAUUGAAGCUUACUCAAAGGCAGUCAAUACCCUAUCAAACAUGCCCCUGGCCAUCUUUCUAUCCCAAGCCCGGAAACCACGCUCACGACUCCAAGACGUAAUUGCAUUUUACCAGUCGCUAUCAGAAUCCGAAUUAACGACCACAAGGGAUCUCUUCCGCUUUUUGAUGAGGCUAAUUCAUGAUGCCCAUGAACGUCGGUGUUGUGUUUCUGAGGCCACCAUGAAAAAGCCUGGGUUUGUUAACUCAACAGUGUUGUGUGUUUGGACAAGGGAUGACGUCGAGCGUGUUGAACAUGCCAUGAUUAAAGUUCUACGAGCCGUUGGUGGGUCACGCUGGGUUACUUGGCGUGCUCUCAAAGGUGCUGUGAGUAGAACGGCAUCAGCGGAGCUUCUCGACUAUUGCCUCAAGGAUCUGGGAGGGAAAUCAGUACCCGAUGGUAUGGUGGUCGGUGUCAGGUGUAAUCCUGAUACGGAUGCAGUUGAAUUCAAGCUUGAGUCCGCGAGUUGCAGGACGAAUGAUGAUGGUGUAGCCGGUGUUUCAUCUGAUGAAUUGGCGAACUCGAACUGCCUGUCCGAAGAUCAUCUAUUGAGGGACCUCAGGUUUCUAUACGAGUCCCUUCUGCAUCCGCAUACAAUGACUAGUUACAGGCCACAGAGCACCCGUGAACUAGCAAUUAGUUCGGCUGCAAAGCUGUUGGAUUGCAAGCAAUUCGUUAAAGACUACGAACCCAUUCACAAAGCUCUUGUAAACAAUCCAUUUGCAAUACGUCUGUCGUGCCUGGUGGAACUGGUGGAUCAACCCAAAGACUAUACGGCACCCCCACCAGAGCUCAUUGUGUUACCCCUGAAUGCUACAGUGGCCGAUCUCAAGGAUGAAGCCGCCAAGGCAUUCCAAGAAGUGUAUGUGAUGUUUAAAAGGUUUCAGGCCGAGGAAGUGCUUGACUAUGGUUUUGUGGACGAUUCAACUCAUGUCAAGUUCCUAAUCGGAGUGAGUGGGUUGGUGCGUGUCCGAGGUAGAUGCCUUGGGAAGCACGGGCUGAAUCGCUUCCGGAUGGAGAGGGGGACAGAGAGUUGGACGGUUGAUUGUACCUGUGGAGCAAGGGAUGAUGAUGGGGAGAGGAUGCUAGCUUGUGAUACGUGUGGAGUCUGGCAGCAUACGAGAUGUGCUGGAAUUGAUGACUUCGAAGCAGUACCGGCUAGGUUCAUUUGCGGUAGAUGUAAAAGCUCCCGGAAGGGCUCAUCGUCCAAUGUUUCCAAAUCUGGCAGAAACUGCAAGGAUGAGACUGUUGUCACUACCAACCCGACCGUUGAAUUUCGAAAUAAUUUCACUUUGCCUUUUGGUGUACGCUGAGUGUACCUACCUUUUGUAAUUUGUACAGUUUCUCUUCUCGCCUACAAGGAUGUACAGUAUGACCUGGGUUGAGUUUGUUGAGGAGAGCUGCGAGCCUUUUUUUUCUCAAGUUUUCAUCCA